AUGGCGCCCAACAUUGUCAAGUACGCCAAGGACCAGCCUGUGGGUUUCAUCAACCGCAUCGAGAAAGUGGCCGUUGUCGGUGCUGCCGGAACCAUGGGGAAAUUCGUCACGCAAGAGCUCCUCAAAAGGGGAAAACACAUUGUGACUGCUAUCACGCGUCACAACAGCGAAUCCAAGCUACCAGAGGGUGUAGUUACCGCCAAAGUCGACUACGACGAUGAAGUCUCAAUCGUGGAAGCUCUCAAGGGGCAGCAAUAUCUCAUCAUCACCUUGAAGAACACUGCUGGUGAAGACGCCCAGCUAAAGCUCAUCAGGGCCGCAGCCAAGGCCGGCGUCCCAUACGUUAUGCCAAAUGCCUGGGGUCCUGACCCGAAGAACGAGACUUUGAUGAGUGACACUCUCCUGGGCACAUCCUUUCAAGGUGCAGUGAAGGAGAUUGAGCAGCUGGGUAUGAGCGAAUGGAUCAUCAUGUCUUGCGGCUAUUGGUAUGAGUUUAGCCUGGCUGGUUCUCCGGAUCGGUACGGUUUCGACAUCAAAAACAGGUCAAUCACCAUCUUCGAUGAUGGCAACGUCAAAAUGAACACGUCAACGUGGAGCCAGUGUGGUCGCGGCUUGGCCUACUUCCUGGACCUGAAGUGGCUUCCAGAGGAUGAGAACGACACAUCUCCCACUAUUCAGAAGUGGGCGAAUGACGUAUUUUACAUUUCGAGCUUCCUGGUAUCACAACAUGAUAUGUUUAAUAGCAUCAAAAGAGUUUCGGGCACGACUGAUUACGACUGGAAGGUCGAGAACGAAAACUCAGAAAAGAGGUGGCGGGCCGGCCAUGAGUCCAUGAAGUCCGGAGACAGAAGCGGAUUUUCAAGACUGAUUUACUCGCGGAUUUUCUUUCCCUCGGCUGAUGGGGACGUCGAAAACACGCAUGGACUGGCCAAUGAGGCCUUGGGCCUUCCUGAAGAGGAUCUGGACAAGGCUACUGAGGAAGCGAUACGCCUGUGUUUGUCUGGAGUGCUUGGUACAUACUAA